AAUCCGGGGGCAUCUCUGAUAUCUUCAAGUAUUCCCAUUUAAUACACAACCACAUCACCACCUCCAACACCACAAUCAAUCUCGCACAUGGUCCUCAUGGUCGACAGGGUCUGCUAGCACACUGUAGCAUGAGCUGAGCCCUGGCGAGAUUAGCCGUGCAUGGACCCGACCCAAUCUCUGCGACUCCCAGCCACAGAUUCCAGACCCCCUGCCCGUCCUGCCUCAGGUCCUCCAGCAGUGUGUCCUGCAUCGACAACCACAAGCCACCCCCAGCUCAUCAACCUCGCUCUCGGUCCCCAGCCCAGCUGCACACCCCAAGCCUAUCUAGGAAAACCUGCACGGUUCUCCUCGCGAGCUGGCGAACGAGAAUCUUUGACGAGACCGGGGCGGCAUGAAAUAGGGCAAGGGCCCUGCCUUCUUUUCUUUCCCUCCCAAGAUCUGGGAACCCCGAUUUCUCUUGAUAUGGAUUUUGUCGCCGACAUUGUGGAUAGUAUUGAAACAUAUCCUGGGGUACUACUACCGGGAUCCAUAGUGCUGUUGUGUCAACAAGUGUGUGUGUUGGCAUUCAGCCUUUUUUUACAACUAGCACGACACCUCCCCCACAGCAAUAAACCUCGCAAUCCCCUCUGCUUCGCCACGGCGGCUCCGGUCCCUGAUCUCCUCGCUUGUCUCGUCGAAUCUCUGGCUCUUGCGAAACAAGUGCGUCGAGUUUCAGAAAAACGAAUAUUCGGUUGUCGCAUCUAUACAUACACCUUUAAGCGCCGUCCACUAAUAUCGCUUCCCCAGCUUCGACUCUGAAGCAGUGCGGCGCUUCCGCAUCCGUCUCAGCAUCCUGAUUGGCUCAGCCCUUCCACUCUUCAUCCAUAGCGACAGCAACAACAUUGAGCAAUACUACCUUCUAUCUGCUUCAGAAGCUUCCAACGAAACGCAGCCGCCCGAACUUCAUAGCGAAACUUCACUUAUAUUGCCAGCUGCCCCUUCGUCUAGACCCGUCCGCUUAAAGCGUGGCGAGUCAACUCUAGAAAUUCCGGCAUGGACCCGACAACAAC